AAGACCUAACGCUUUUUUUUUCCGGAUCAGCGACCAACCGACCCAGCGUCUUCCUCAGCGAUUCUCCGGAUCCAGCGACGAGCGGGCAGCGACCACCGACCAGCGAGCGAGUCUGCGGCUACACUCUUCAGCGCAUCACCUCAAUCCUUAGCAUCGUCAUCUACUCUUUUCUUUGAUUUUAGUCCUACGUAAAUUCCAAGCGCAGGUAAACACGGAAGCCGAGACACUCUAGUUACCUUCAGCAUCAUCCUUCAACAUGCAGACUGUACCAGUGAAUCCCAAACCCUUCAUAAACAAUUUGACUGGGAAGGCAGUUAUUGCGAAACUAAAGUGGGGAAUGGAGUACAAAGGGUUUCUUAUUGCUGUAGAUUCAUACAUGAACUUACAGCUGGGAAAUGCAGAAGAGUAUAUUGAUGGUGUUUUCACUGGAAAUCUCGGAGAGAUCCUGAUCAGAUGUAAUAAUGUCCUCUAUCUCCGUGGGGUGCCGGAGGACGAAGAAGUUGAAGAUGCAGCAGAUGAACGCGAAUAGGGAGGGAGGCAAUAACCACCACCAGUUCACUUGCUUGACUGAGUAUUAAUCUGGAUUUGAGAUUUGGGAAUGUGGAUUUUACCAUUAGUCACUCAAAACACAUUUUGCAGAAUAUGAAUUGUCAUUAGACCAUGUGUUUGUACUUUGUACCAUGUGUUUUAAUCUUUCAACUAACCUUUAUCAGCCAUCCAAUCCGAAAACUUUAUUCAUACACACCUCUCCAGUUCCAGAUUAAUUUUGCCUUUUUAUAUUUCUAAAAAUAAUUUAUGUUUUUUUUCCUUUUUUUGUUGAAAAAAAAUUGUUGUUCAAGUU